GUGUAUACGGGUGACGGCUCCGGUGCCCGGCUGCCGCCCUGACACGCACGGUGUGCGCGCUGCCCUAGUCCCUCCUCCUCCUCCCCUUGUGACACGCUCGCUGUGGAUCUCCAUUCUGUGUCAUCCCCUCCUCCCUGCCUCUCACACUCCGUAUGUUGUCACCGCUGCCACCCCCACUCUCCAGCGGCAGCAGCAGCUCCGUGCCCUGGGACCUCAUUCCGAGCAAGGUUUCCUUUUAUGGACUUUUUGGAAUGUAUCAUUAGUGUAAGGUUAAAGACUUACCCAGAACGCACCAGUACAGCCCUGAAAAUGUUUACUCAGCUGAUCCCUGGCAACAGUGACCACCUCUGGCAAUGAUCGGCUGACUGGGCCUCUCACUGGUACGAGACAUUGACCACAAAGUGAAGAUCAGCAGGGACACAGAACGUGUAGAGUCAUACCAUGGUAUGACUAAGGUGAAGGUUAUCAACUAAAACGUGUCCAAAGAAGGUUUUAUUGCACAUAUUACCACACUGGACAUUUCUCUCUACAAGUUCCUGCAUUUUCAUCAGUGACUAUUCACGCUGGUCUGGACUGUGGUUGAGAGGCAGUUAAGGGGAUCUGAGUGAAGUGAUUCUUGGGGCGACCGGUUGAGCAGUUUGUUUGCAGCUAAAGUCAGGGGAUGCAACAUGACCUCCGCUGUGGUGGAUGGUGGAGGAUCAGUUGGGAGCUAUGUCAGCAAUGGAGUUGAAAACUCAGAACAGGAAGAAGUUCAGGAAACUGAGUACCCUGCUGUCAUUGUGGAGCCAGUUCCUAGUGCCAUACUAGAAGAAGGGUACGCUGCUCAGGUUCUGGUGUAUGAUGAUGAGACCUUCAUUUUUCAAGAUGUAGCAGAAGAACAGGAGGUAGAGACUGAAACAGUGGAAAUAGUUGAAGCGUCUGUACACAGCAGCAAUGUUCACUGCACAGACAAGACCAUUGAGGCAGCAGAGGCUCUGCUACACAUGGAAUCUCCCACCAUCCUGCGGGACUCUAGGAGUCCAGUAGAAGUGUAUGUACCACCAUGUGUGUCUACUCCAGAGUUCAUCCAUGCUGCCAUGAGGCCCGACGUCAUCACAGAGACCGUGGUGGAGGUGUCCACUGAGGACUCUGAGCCCAUGGAUUCAUCCCCCAUCCCAAUAUCUAUUGAACUUGGGGAGCCUAUGAAAAAGAAAAAAGCUGGUCGUAAACCAAAGAUACAGCAGCCCACGUUUGCCAAUGGUUCACCAGACUUGGGAAUGAAAAAGAAACCACGGGAAGGAAAAGGAAAUACAACGUACCUCUGGGAGUUCCUCUUAGACUUGCUUCAGGAUAAGAACACUUGCCCCAGAUAUAUCAAGUGGACACAAAGGGAGAAAGGCAUCUUCAAGCUGGUGGAUUCUAAAGCCGUUUCCAAACUUUGGGGGAAACAUAAGAACAAACCAGACAUGAAUUAUGAGACUAUGGGAAGAGCUUUAAGAUACUACUAUCAAAGAGGAAUUCUAGCAAAAGUGGAGGGUCAGAGGCUUGUGUACCAGUUCAAAGAAAUGCCUAAGAAUAUUGUGGUGAUAGAAGAUGACAAGGCAGAGCCCUGCACCGAAGAGAUGGUGUCUCCAAUAGAUGACAAGUCACUGGAGCGCGUAUCUAUCCCUGCAGAGGGCAUACUUAAAAUGUCUAUGCCAGCUCGACUAGAGAAAUGCCCCACGCAACAAACCUCGCCCAGAAAGCCUAGACUAGUAAGCCUGGCUUCUCCUGUCAGUGAGGGACCCCCUCUUUCACCCACCAGCACCACACCAAACCCAGGACAGAGGACUGUUCGUGUUGCAAUGCAAGUGCCUGUUGUGAUGACUUCCCUGGGCCAGAAAAUUUCCACUUUGGCCGUCCAGUCCAUGAACCCAGGGUCUCCAUUGUUGGCCAACACCAGCCCCACAAGUGCAUCAGCUCCAAAGGUUGUAAUCCAGACAAUACCAACUAUGAUGCAAGCUUCUUCAGAAAGUGACAAAUUCACCAUGCAACCUGCCAAAAUCAUAACCAUCCCAACCUCUCAGCUCACCCAGUGUCAGCUGCAGACCAAGUCUAACUUAAGCAGUGCUGGGGGCUUGAAUCUGAUGGGCACUCCGCUGACUGUGAGAGCACUUACUCCUGUAUCCAUCGCCCAUGGGACCCCCGUUAUGAGACUAGCAAUGCCUGCACAACAGGCCCGGUGCCAGACACCACCACGGGUCAUCAGUACCCUUAUUAAAGGACCUGAAAUGAAAUCGGACAUAGUGGUGAGCAGGCAGGAUGGAGAAAUGAAAACAUUUCAGCUGGUUAAAGAUGAGAAAUCGGCAGAUGGGGGCAAAACAGUAACUCAUGUUGUGGUUGUUAGUGCCCCUGCUGGAAUUACCUUGCCAGUGACUGUCAAACAAGAAGGGACGGUGGUCUGUGACAAGUGAGAAACAUUCCACCAGCCUGUUGUAAGAUUUGAGUCAAACUGACAAUAAAUAAAAUACAGACAAUAAACUUAUUCUGUGGAAGAAAGGGAGAUGGUUCCAGUCCAACGAGACUUUAAAGCAAGUGAGAGACGUGUAUAUGUGGAGUGUAAAAGAGACCGUUACCGGAAGUGCGUUUCUCCCAGUGGGAUGUUGGUUCACAUACUGAUGGGGAUGUUACCUCUAAGAUAAAGGAGAAAAAAGGAAACUGAAAGGGACCAAAGCGUUCAUUCAUUCAUAUAUAGAUAUAUUUUUAGGUUACACUAAAUAAGGUGGAACACUAAAAUGAUGAGUGGCUGUUUGUUCUCCCACAAUCCAAAAAGCAAAGUUUAGGUCAAAGUAAAAUUGUAAAUGAUCAUGUUUUUUAUUUCUUUAUACCUACAGUAUAUAUGAGUUGAGUUUUUUUUGUUUGUAAUACCAGCAAUUUAUACCACUGUGUACAAAUAGCCCUCACUUAACCGGUGCUAUGUGACAACUCUGCUAAACCAGUAUGUGACGUGGUGCGUGUAGAAGAGACUCCCUUUAAAGUUUUGUUUGGAAACGCAAAUGAGAUUUGGGUUAGGAGCAGAUUUCAUAUGGAAGCCUUAGAGACUGAUUCAAUUUUAUUUUUCCUUGGAAUAAGCUAACUGCUUGUUUGUGUAAAGCAAUCUUUUUAUAUAUAAAUAUAUUAUAGAAAAUAUGGAGAGAGAAAAAAAAAACCUUGUACCUAGCACAGUAUUGGCAUAGAAUUACUUGUAACAUAUUUUAUAUUGUAGAUUAAAGUUUUGUUUUUUUUUAAAUACCUUUAAAUGGCUGGAAAUGUCUAAAAGCAUAUUGAGCUGCCAGCCUUUCAUUCAGCAAAGGGUUAAACUGUGGGCAAAUGGGCCAACUACUGCAACUUGCUUUUGUCACACGGAAUCCAUGCAAACAUUUCAAUUCCUGCGAUCCAUUUGAAAGGUCACCGCACGCAUGAGCCCUUUUUUUUUUUUGGAGUGCAAGCAUUUUGAAGCCUGCUAUUUUUUUAGUUGAAGUUACGAUGGGGCAGACUAGGGGGGGUUGGGGGAUAAAGUACCAGUGUUCAGAAUGAACUACAAUAGUUUGUAUAUUCAACAUUUGAAGUAUAUUCUAUUUUGUUGUACUCUUGUUUCAAAGUGUAUUCAAGUAGAUUUUACUGCAAUAUAGAAAAUGAAUUUCAUGUCUUGUGUGUUGUCUUCAUUUCCCUCCAUCUUCCAGAUAUUACUUUACAGUUCCAUAUAUCUGAAUGAUCCGGGAUUAUCAGGCGUUCUGGUUUACUUGUCUUUUGUCUUCAGAAUAUC